AUGAAGUCCGUCGUAGCGGCUCUGGUAGCCCUCGAAUAUGUAUCAACUGCCUCGGCGGCACGACCGCGAGGUGUAGGCCCUGAAUUCGCCAAAUUCUACGAAGAGGCGACGUCGUUCACAUGUAUAUCAAAUCCACAGACCAAGAUUCCCUUCUCACGCGUGAACGACGACUACUGCGAUUGCCCUGAUGGCUCUGACGAACCUGGCUCGGCGGCAUGCGCACAUCUCUCGCCAUUGUCUCCGAUUACGAACGAUAGACCGAAUGUGACGAAUGCACUGCCUGGCUUCUACUGCAAGAACAAGGGCCAUGUUCCUUCAUAUGUUCCAUUUGCCAACGUCAAUGAUGGCAUUUGCGAUUACGAGCUCUGCUGCGAUGGUAGCGAGGAGUGGGAGGGCAUUGUGAAGUGCAAAGAUCGAUGCGAUGAGAUUGGCAAGGAGUGGAGAAAGCAUGAUGAGGCUAGGCGAAAAGCUGAAGGUGCUGCACUUAAGAAGAGAGCCGAGUUGGUGAAGGAGGCGCAAAGAGCAAGGCAAUUGAUCCAGGAUCGGAUACAGACCCUAGGCACGGAAAUUGAGGGUGCAGAACUCAGAGUCAAGAGCAUGGAAGCUGAGCUCCGUGACGUCCAGAAGAAAGAGGCUGGCAAGACAGUCAAGGCUGGUGCCGGCUCUGGCAAGCUCGGCCAACUAGUAGAGCUGGCACGAAAUAGGAUGAACGAGCUGAGGGACCACCUAGUGAAGACGAGGACUGAGCUGACCGAAACUCGUGCUCGCCUACAACAGCUGGAGCAAAUUCUGUCUACUUUCAAGGAGGAGUACAACCCCAACUUCAACGACGAAGGCGUGAAGCGGGCAGUCCGAGGCUGGGAGGACUACAUUGCCGCUCACUCUCUUACACAAGAGCCAAACUCUGCCGUCGAGCGUGACUUGGAUGAGAUCACCAAAGAUGAUAGCGAGAAUGGUCUGAACUGGGACGAGUACAACGAGGAGGCAGCAAGCGACACAGACGUCUUGUACUCUGUCACCAACUACCUUCCACCCACCCUCCGAAGCUGGGUUGACGACAAGCUUCGCGAACUUCGCCAGACCCUUGUCGAUGGCGGUAUCCUCGCAUCGACUCCAGCACGCUCAGGCAGCCAAAGCAAGAAAGUGAUUGAGGCCCGCGACCGCCUCGAGAACGCCAAGACAGCCCUCGAAAACUCGCAAAAGAGCCUCUCAGACUCCAAAUCCGAUCUUGAGACAGACUUCGGCCCAGAUGACGUCUUCCGUGCCCUCAAGGGCCAAUGCAUCGAAAAGGAUAGCGGAGAAUAUACCUACGAAUACUGCUUCCUCGACAGGACCACGCAAAAAUCCAAAAAAGGCGGCGGUCAUACCGGCAUGGGAAAUUACGUCCGCAUGGAGAAGAUUAUGGUGGACGAAGAACUUCCUACCGACGGCAAAGGUGUCGGGAGCGGAGAAAGGAUUGCGAUGAAACAUGAGAACGGUCAACACUGUUGGAAUGGACCGAAUCGUGCUACGACGAUUGUCCUGGCUUGUGCCGAGAAGAAUGAGAUAUGGAAGAUUAUCGAGGAGGAGAAGUGUAUUUAUCGCAUGGAAGUUGGUACACCUGCUGUUUGUGAGAACAGGAAUGGCAGUGCGAAGAAGGUUAAGGGGAAGGAUGAGUUGUAG